AUGUCGAGUUCCGCCGGUGGGGGAGAUUCGAAGCUGUUCGCUCGAGGCAAAGUUGCUGAACUGCGCCAAGAGUUGAACAGCGGUGGGAAGAAGGAGAAGAAUUUCGGAGGGAAGAAGAUCGCUCUCAAGAAGAUUGUCGCAAACAUGACUAUGAGCAAUAACGACAUGGUGGCGCUUUUCCCUGAUAUCAUUGGAUGUAUGCAUUUGCAGAGUCUGGAGAUCAAAAAGAUGUGUUUCUUGUACCUGGUCAACUACGCCCGAAUGCGACCAGAGAUAGCAGUCAAGGCUAUUCCUCUCUUAGAACAUGAUAUGGAAGAUCAGAACCCCCUCGUACGGGCCUUAGCCUUGAGGACCAUGUCUUACAUUCAUGUUCGAGAAUUUGUAGAGGCAACCGUCCCUAAUGUUAAACAGAUGCUGAGGGACUCUGAUCCUUAUGUGCGCAAAACCGCCGCAUUCUGCGUUGCCAAGCUUUACGAUCACGAUCGACAGAUGGUUGAGCAGUCAGAUCUCAUCGAUCGUCUCAACUCCCUACUACGAGAUGAUAAUCCGACAGUGGUUGCAAGUGCUUUGGCUGGACUGAUGGAUAUCUGGGAGCGGAGUGAGGCGAUCAAACUCACCAUCGACUAUAAAAAUGCCUCCAAGAUGGUCGCUAUCCUUCCGGAUUGUUCAGAGUGGGGCCAGACCUAUAUCCUCGAAGCAUUGGGGUCUUAUGUCCCCCAAGAAUCGGGCGAGGCUUUACUAUUGGCGGAGAGGAUAUCGCCUCGUCUAUCACAUUCCAAUUCUUCGGUUGUGUUGACUUGUAUUCGAGUGAUACUCUAUCUCAUGAACUAUAUUGCGGACGAGAAGCAGGUAUCUGCCCUAUGCAAAAAGUUGUCACCUCCCUUGGUCACGCUGCUUGCCAAAGGGCCCGAAGUCCAAUAUCUCGCGCUCCGAAAUGCACUGCUCAUUUUGCAGAGACGCCCUGAAGUGCUUCGAAACGACAUCCGUGUGUUUUUUUGCAAGUAUAACGAUCCGAUUUACGUGAAAGUUACCAAGUUGGAACUCAUCUUCAUGCUCGCCAAUGAGAAGAACAUUGACGAAGUACUGACCGAGCUUCGGGAGUACGCUACGGAGAUUGACGUUCAUUUCGUACGGAAAGCAGUGCGAGCUAUCGGAAAGUUGGCAAUUAAGAUUGAGCCAGCAGCUCGACGCUGUAUCAACCUGCUUCUGGAGUUGGUGGCAACUAAGGUUACCUACAUCGUACAAGAGGCGACGGUGGUGAUUCGCAAUAUUUUCCGGAAAUAUCCCGACCAAUACGAAUCUAUCAUCGGCACUCUCUGCGAACAUCUCGACUCUCUUGAUGAGCCCGAGGCCAAGGCAGCCAUGGUUUGGGUUAUCGGUCAGUACGCUGAUAGAAUUGAGAACAGUGAUGCCCUGUUGGAGGACUUCCUGUUUAACUUUGCCGAAGAGCCCGUGGAGGUCCAGCUGGCGCUUUUGACAGCAACAGUCAAGCUGUUCAUUCAGCGACCAACAAAGGGCCAGGAAUUGGUACCGAAAGUGUUGAAGUGGGCAACGGAGGAGACGGAUAACCCUGAUCUACGAGACAGGGCAUAUAUGUAUUGGCGACUUCUCUCGACGGACAUUAAGGCUGCGGAGCAGAUUGUGAUGGGUGAAAAGCCACCCAUCACGGCCGAAUCAGAGCGAUUGGACAACGCCACCCUCGAAGAGAUGUGUCUUAAUGUUGGAACGCUGGCAACGAUUUACCUCAAGCCUGUCCAGACCGUCUUCAGAAAUGCCCGUCCCAAGAAACUACACGACUCACCUGCCCUGCAGAAGCAUAGGAUGCUCUCGGAUAAUCAGAAGAGCAUUAGCAUGUUUGGAAGGGGCGGCCAGCCAAACAAUAUUGACACUCGGACAAGGGCGGCAGCAUCAGCAAAUGGAAGUGAAGGCAACCUGGCACAAGCUGUCAACGACGCUGAUGCCUACUUCGCCAGCGUUGGAUCACAGCAGAUGUCUGCCAUGAGGAUAGAUCAAGCCGAUGACUUGUUUGGCGGAGGCGGGCCCACAACACCGAGCUACGUGGUGAGCGCUCAUGCACCACAGACAGUUCUCCAGCCUAAUCAAGCUUCGGCCAACAACGGGGACCUUUUAGAUCUGUAA